AAUGAGAAAAGACCUGGACUGAAGCACAGAGACACUGUCGUCAGAAUUACUCUGAUCUGGCUUCCAUUAACGACAUGAAGGAAAUGACGGUGCUUCUUAACACAGUAAAUGGCAGCUACUCAGGUUUAGCCUGGAUUGGACUGUAUGAUGACCUAAACAGCUGGAAGUGGUCUCUGGAUGAUGAUUCUUUCUACCAGGAGGGAGAGAAAGACUUUAGAUGGUGGUUCCAUGAACCUGAUAACUUCAAAGGAAAAGAGCUGUGUGUUUCUAUGAAUAACAGAGGGGAAUGGUUUGACAGGCCUUGUAAUGACAGAAAGACAUUUGUUUGCUUCAAUGGUAUGACCAACUCAUAUGUGGGCAUUAAUGAUCCAGUGACAUGGGAAAAAGCUCGUAGUUUUUGUAGAGUGAAUUACACAGACCUGGCCAGUGUGAGGAAUGAGACUGAACUUCAACAAAUACUGACAGUCAUAAAAGACGUUGAGGUAUGGAUUGGUCUGUAUAGGAAUCAAUUAUGGUCAGAUCAGAGCAACUCAACCUUUACAUAUUGGAGACCAGCGAGUUCAGAACCAACAGAAGAACCUGAUAAUGGUGUAAAUUCACAUGGACAACGUGGAAAUCAACGAUGCACAGCUGUGGAACAGUCUGGCCAAUGGACAGAUGAAAACUGUUUCAACAGUUUCCCUUUCAUCUGCUACACUACAUAUACUCCAGAAAUGAACACACUGCAAAGGAAAAUCAGUGCUCCUGAUAUUCUGUAAUCUGAUAAAGUCUGAAAAUAAAGGGUUAAUAAUGAUGGAAGUAAGUGAACUUUCCAGAUAUAAAGUCUGCAAUGUUAUUAGCUAUCACAUUCUCUGUACAUAAUUUGUAGCAAUUUAUUUGCUACAAAAGGGUUGAUUUGGGGGUUGGGAUUGGAUUGGAUCGGAUCAUUUACAUUUUAAUUUAGAUGAGAUGUGACAUUUGUAU